AUGAGUAUAAAGAACUUCUUCGCGCCUCUUCUUGCUAACAUAUCUCCCACGCUACUCCUUCCCACCAGCAUACCACACUUCUCACUACACUCGCACAAGUACCAACAAAUACCACCAUAUCACCAAACCACCAUCCACGACGUCCAUCCGACGUUCAAGAUGACCACUCAACCACCCAUCAAGCGCCGCAAGCUCGAUUUCACCGAGGAGUACAAGAUCGUGGUCGGCACCGGUACCGAGCAGGCAACAUGGACCAUCGCCAAGCACUUUCUCGUCAAGCACUCCGAGUUCUUCAAGAGCGCCUGCUCGAAGGACUGGAAAGAAGGGCAGACCAAGGUCAUCGAGCUCAAGACACUCGAACCCGACACGUUUGCGAUCUACAUGCAGUGGCUGUACACUGGUGAGCUCGUGGUAGAUGAGCUUGAUGACGAGGCCAGAAAACAAACAAAUCUGGGGCAGUCAUUCUUGUCCAUGAUCGACGUCUACGUUCUGGCUGACUUCUUACGCGACCUACCUGUGCGCAAUGCCGUCACCGACCUGAUCCGCGAGUACGACGCCAAGUACGCCUUGGUGCCGGCAUCGACUCAGUUCGCGCGUGUGAUCGAUGAGACGCCCGAGGGCUCGACUCUCGCAAGGCUUUUAACCGACAUUUACGCGGCACGCGUGGCACUCGACGAGAAGAUGCUGAAAUAUUGCCCACCAUCGGUCAUGAAGAGACUACUACAGAAAUUCUUCGAGAGUCGCGAGGCAAAAGUCAUUCUGGUUGAGCCAUGA